GCUGUGUCAGCUGACCUGUCCUAAUGGCUGCUUUACAUAUAAAUCCGCCCACUCGUGAAGUCUUCCUUUUGGCCUUCAGAUAUGAGCACAUGGCUUGCUGUUGCCAUCUUGGUGCUGUAUUUACCACUCAGGGGGUGAAUGGAACACUUUGGAGAACUAUUCUUUUUUCUCAGUCUAUCUCAGAUGAGAAGCUUUCAUUGGAAUGGAGAUUUAAAAAUGACCUAAUUGUAUCCCGUACUCAAGAUUUCUUUGUUAAAUACGCUCCCCAUUAUAAAGGAAGGUGUCGGCUGUAUAGUGAUGGAACUCUGAGACUGGAUAAUCUGACACCUACAGAUGAGGGGCCAUACACUUUUACUGCAGAGAAGAGCCCCUCUUCAGAAGUCUAUCUUAAAGUCUUUCGUGCUGAAUCUACCACUCAGGCGGUGAAUGGGACACUUGGGAGAUCAAUUUAUUUUUAUGAGUCUUUCCCAGAUCAGACACUAUUGUUAGAAUGGAGUUUUAAAAAUAAUGUGAUUGCAUCCCGUAUUCCUGGUUUCUCUCCUGAAUGUGCUUUCCAGUAUAAGGUAAGAUGUCAGAUGUAUGACGAUGGAACACUAAGACUGGAUAAUCUGACAUCUACAGAUGAGGGGCCUUACAUUUUGAGUGCACAGCAGUCACUCUCUGUAGUUAUAAAAGAGGCCAUCUAUGAGCUCAGAGUCCAUAAUGCUGUAUGUGCCUUUCAUUGGAUGAAUGGAAUACUUGGGAGAUCAGUUUAUUUAUAUGAGUCUUUCUCAGAUCAGGCGCUUUUGUUACAAUGGAGCUUUAAAAAUAAAGUAAUUGCAUCCUGUAUUCCUGAAAACCUUCCUAGAUGUAUUUGCCAGUAUGCAGAAAGAUGCCAAAUGUAUGAUAAUGGAACUCUCAGACUGGAUAAUCUUACACUUGCAGAUGACGGGGCUUACAGCUUCGCUGCACAGCAGCCACCCUCUACUGUUAUAAGGGAGGCCGUCUAUGAGCUCAGAGCCUAUCGUGCUGUAUCUGCCACUCAGGUGAUGAAUGUAAAACUUGGAAGAUCUAUAUAUUUUUAUGAGUCUUUCUCAGAUCAAACGCUUUUGUUACAAUGGAGUUUUAACAAUAAACUGAUUGCAUCCCGUAUCCCUGGUUACCCCCCUGAAUGUACAGGAAAAUGUCAGCUGUAUGAUGAUGGAACUUUGGGACUGAAUGAUGCAGAUAUUAGAAAUGAGGGAAAUUACAGCUUUACUGCACUGCAGCCUCCCUCUACAGUCAUAAGGGAGGCCGUCUAUGAGCUCCGUGUCCAUAGUGAUAUGUUUGGAACUCGGUUGCUGAACGAAAAAGUUGGGAGCGAUAUUUAUUUUUAUAGAUCUUGGACAAAUCAGACAAUUUUGUUACAAUGGAGUUUUAACAAUACUCUGAUCGCAUCCCGUAUUCCUGGAUACCUUCCUAGAUGUAUUCACCAGUAUACAGGAAGAUGUCAGAUGGAUGAUAAUGGAUCUCUGAGACUGUAUAAUCUGACAUUUUCAGAUGAGGGGACUUACAUAUUGAUAGAAAAGCCACAGUGUUUUAAGGAGGACAUCUAUAAGCUCAAAGUCUAUGUUCCUCCAGAGAACAUAGGACAUAAGAACAAUUCCAUCACUAAAUUAAAGGUUGGAGAGACUCUAUUCCUCUCAAUGAUACUAAUACCUGAACUGGACACAUAUUUCACCUGGUACCACCUUAAUCCAAACCGCAACCCUAUCUUCACUGUCGGGAAAUUCUUAGUGAAUUCCACCAUCUCUAGCUCCAGUCUCCAGAUCCAAAAUUUGACUGUGGAGGAUGCUGGAACAUAUGAAUGCAGAGCCAGUCGUGGUCACUUAAGUCCGAAAUUCCUCUUCACUGUCAUUGUGGCAGAUGGACUUAGUGGUGGAGCGAUAGCUGGAAUCGUCAUUGGAGUAUUACUUGGACUGAUUCUUAUUGGAACCGCAGUUGGAUUCUUCAUCUUUAGAAGAAAAAAAUCUCCCAUGGGAUUGAAAAAUAAGAAUGCAGAUGUAAUCCCACCGAACAGCUAUGGAAAUAUCAUGACAGUAGAUGCUGCAACACCAAAUUCACAGUAUUAGCAAUUGGCAGUGAUGCCUGGCGAAAAUGAACUAGUUUCCUGAGUUUAAAUUGUUUUAAUGUUCGAGUGUUGGAGUUUCCUACAAAAAGUUACCCGUUGUAUUUCUUGAAGAAAAAUCCUGUUGGGUUAUCAUCCUAAAUCUUCCCAUCACCCACAUAGCACAGAAGUGGUUCGGAUCGCUAAGCUCUUGUCAAACUAACCACCUACAAGGCACUUUAUCAAUGCUCCAUGGUCUGAUACUGAUCCAAAGGGAAUGAUGGCUUAAUGAGGAACUCCAUCCUAAAUAAAUACAUUUCAAUUCCACAA